UUUUUCCGAAGUACGUUCGGACUCGGAAAUUUCGGCGGUGUUGUGUGUGGCUGUGACAGCCUUUUUCCACGUUUUUUCUAUUAGCACAUAUUUUUUGCAAUUGGCAUUAAUCCGUGCGCUAAUUGAAACGACAUUUCAACUAAAAUCGAGCAAAUUGUGGGUGCUUUAGUAGAAUCACAGCCAAACAGCCAAAAAAGACCGGCAAAUUGGUCAAAGCAAAACCUCUUACACGAAAAUGGAGGCACAAAAAUUGACGGAACUGUUGCGCGCAACGAUUGAUCCAAAUCCCGAGCAAAGGAAGGCGGCCGAGGAUCAAUUAGCACAAAUACACAAAAUCAUUGGUUUUGUGCCUACCAUACUGCAAAUCGUAAUGCAAACGACACUCGAGCAGCCGGUGCGACAGGCGGGCGCUGUUUAUCUCAAGAACCUGAUCAACAACAGUUGGUCGGAUCAUGAGACCAAGCCGGGCGAACCGAUACCAUUCUCCAUCCAUGAGCAGGAUCGCGCCAUGAUCCGCGGCGCCAUCGUAGAUGCUAUUGUCCACGCUCCAGAGCUGAUCAGGGUUCAGCUUUCAGUCUGUGUGAAUCACAUCAUAAAGAGUGAUUUUCCCGGUCGUUGGCCCCAAGUGGUGGACAACAUUAGCAUCUACCUGCAGAAUCCGGACGUGAAUGGCUGGAAUGGUGCACUGGUCACCCUGUAUCAGCUGGUCAAGACGUACGAGUAUAAACGCUUCGAGGAGCGAACGCCGCUCAAUGAGGCGAUGAAUUUGUUGUUGCCAAUGAUUUAUCAGCUGAUGAUGACGCUGCUCAAUGAUCAGUCGGAGCAAUCAGUGUUGCUGCAGAAGCAGAUACUCAAGAUUUACUAUGCACUCACACAAUACAGCUUGCCACUAGACCUCAUCACCAAAGAGAUAUUCUCGCAGUGGAUGGAAAUCUGCCGCCAGAUUGCGGAUCGGGCGGUUCCCGACUGUUCCCAUCUGGAUGAUGAUGAGCGCACUGAAUUCCCUUACUGGAAGACCAAGAAGUGGGCUCUCCAUAUUAUGGUCCGCAUGUUUGAGCGCUAUGGCAGUCCCAGCAGUGUGGUUAGCGAAAAGUAUCAGAAAUUUGCCGAAUGGUAUCUGCCCACCUUCAGUUCUGGCGUUUUGGAAGUGCUCCUGAAGAUUUUAGACCAAUAUCGUAAUCGUGUCUAUGUUUCGCCGCGUGUUCUUACGGACGUGCUGAAUUAUCUGAAGAAUGCAGUGAGCCACGCCUACACCUGGAAGCUGAUAAAGCCGCAUAUGGUAGCUGUUAUUCAAGAUGUCCUAUUUCCUAUCAUGUCAUUUACCGACUCGGAUCAGGAGCUGUGGGAGAGUGAUCCCUAUGAGUAUAUACGCCUCAAAUUUGAUAUCUUUGAGGAUUAUGCUACACCAGUGCCAGCUGCCCAAUCCCUGUUGCAUUCCGUUUGCAAGAAGCGCAAAGGCAUCCUGCCCAAGGCGAUGAGCACGAUCAUGCAAAUAAUUACCUCACCGAAUGCGGACAAUAAGCAAAAGGAUGGCGCACUCCAUAUGAUUGGCACAUUGGCAGAUGUGCUGCUGAAGAAGGCGCUAUAUCGUGAUCAGGUCGAGUCAAUGCUCACCACAUAUGUUUUCCCGGAAUUCCAGAAUCCGGCUGGACAUAUGCGUGCCCGUGCCUGUUGGGUAUUGCACUAUUUCUGCGAUAUCCAAAUUAAGAAUCCUCAGGUGCUGGCCGAAACUAUGAGAUUAACCACAAAUGCCUUGCUAACGGAUAAAGAGCUGCCCGUUAAGGUGGAGGCCGCCAUAGGCCUGCAAAUGUUCCUAUCAUCCCAGGAUGAGGCACCACAAUAUGUGCAGUCUCAGAUCAAAGAGAUCACCAAGGAACUGCUGACGAUCAUACGGGAAACCGAAAACGAAGACUUGACAAAUGUCAUGCAGAAGAUUGUCUGCACGUUUACGGAGCAACUGUUGCCGGUAGCCACCGAAAUCUGUCAGCAUUUGGCAACGACAUUCAGUCAAGUCCUUGAGUCGGAAGAAGGUUCCGAUGAGAAGGCCAUCACGGCCAUGGGAUUGUUAAACACGAUAGAAACGCUACUCAGCGUUAUGGAGGAGCAUCCGGAUGUGCUAAUUAAUCUGCAUCCGAUUGUCAUCAAUGUAGUGGGUCAUAUAUUCCAGCACAACAUUACCGAUUUCUAUGAGGAAACCUUUUCGUUGGUCUACGAUUUGACGUCCAAGGCCAUUUCUGCAGAAAUGUGGCAAAUGCUUGAGCUGAUCUAUCAAGUUUUCAAAAAGGAUGGCGUCGAUUACUUCAUUGAUAUUAUGCCAGCGUUGCAUAACUAUGUAACCGUCGACACACCAGCGUUCCUUUCCAAUCCAAAUCGUUUGCUGGCCAUUCUGGACAUGUGCAAAACUAUGCUGACUAGCAAUCCUGGCGAGGAUCCCGAAUGCCAUGCCGCCAAAUUAAUGGAGGUGAUAAUAUUGCAGUGCAAGGGUCAAAUUGAUUCGGUGAUACACAUGUUUGUGGAGCUGGCUCUGUCGCGUUUGACACGCGAGGUGCAGUCGUCCGAGUUGAGGACGAUGUGUCUGCAGGUGGUCAUCGCUGCAUUGUAUUAUAAUCCGCAGCUGCUGCUCUCCAUCAUGGACAAGAUGUCGCAACCGAGCAACGAACCAAUUAUCUCGCAUUUCAUUAAACAAUGGCUGCAUGACACGGACUGUUUUCUGGGUAUUCACGAUCGCAAACUCUGCGUACUUGGUCUGUGUACAUUAAUCUCCUUGGGGGAUGCCAAGCCACAGGUACUGAGCGAGGUGGCCGAUAAGAUAGUACCAUCACUAAUAUUGCUGUUUGACGGUCUCAAGCGUGCCUACGAAUCCCGAGCACAGGAGGAGGAGGAGGAAGAAGAAGAGGAGGACGGUGACGAUUGCGAAGAGGCGCUGUCGAGCGAUGAGGAUGAAAUGGAUGAAAUGGCACCCAACUAUUUGGAUAAGGUGGCGGACUUUGCAAAAACGAAAGGAGCUUCAGCUGGUUUCGAAGUAAAAGCUGAGCUCAAGGAUGACGACGAGGAUUCGGAUGACGAAGCGGAGGAAUCAGUUGGUGAUUUAAAUGAAACUGGUCUCGAAACAUUCACCACACCCAUUGACGACGAAGAGAACGAGACCGCUGUUGAUGAAUACUGGACGUUUAAGGAAGUUAUUACAGGAAUUUCCACUCAAGACCAGCCAUGGUAUUCGCUGCUGACGUCGAACCUGAUGCCCGAACAGGCCAAAGCGCUCCAGGAAGUGGUCGUUACUGCGGAUCAACGUAAGGCGGCAAAGGAAUCGAAACUGAUUGAGAAGCAGGGUGGAUUUGCCUUCCCCCAGACAACUGUGCCCACAUCCUUUAAGUUUGGCUCUUAAUUGGCUUUUUGUGUACCAACGACUUUGCUGACUUCAUAUUGUGACUCAUCAUAUUUCUUUCCAAAAACGUAAACAAAUGAUAUAUGAUAGCAUAUUCUAUAGGUUUUCUGAAAGAUUCUUUAUAUAUGUUGCAUGCUUCUUCGGCCCAGCGGUCGGUCGGUCGGUGGGUAAGAUGAUCGCUAUAUAUUUAUUGUAGAUUUAUAUUAAAAAAAAACUUCUAAUCAAUUAUUGGCAAGUCUAUGCCAACUAAAUUAUGAUAACAUAAGUUAAAAGUCGAGUCUAUAUCAUUGUAUGUAACUAAUAAAAUCUACAACGAUCAGAAGACACACUCCAACCUAAAAUGGGUCAGAGAAUGAGAAUUUAACGCUGAGCAUUUCACAUACAUUGUCUUUACACACACACACACACAAACUCACGCAUAUAAUGUACUAGAUGGAGCGAUAUUUUUGAAAAAUAAAAACAUUUUUAACGUUUGAA